AUGGAAGGCUGGUUCGUGAUCGGACUUCCCGAAGGCUGGUUCGUGAUCGGACUUCCGGAAGGCUGGUUCGUGAUCGGACUCCCAGAGGGCUGGUUCGUGAUUGGACUUGCGGAACGGCCCGAGGGAGGCAAGCUUGGAGUCUCUGAAGGCUGGUUCGAAGGUAUCAGGCUCGGACUUUUGGAAGGAGGGCUUGAAGGCAUGGACGAUGGUUCUUCGCUGGGUUUUCUUGAUGGCUGCAAGGAAGGCGCAGCACUGGGCAGUGAGGGCUGUGUCGAAGGAAAUGAGCUAAGAGAAGGCGAAAAAGAGGGCCUUGCGCUUCUUGAUGGAGAAUCUGACGGCACUAGGCUGCCAGAUGGAGAAAUAGAGGGCCUUUGGCUUAUUGAUGGAGUAGUAGAUGGCAAUGAGCUUAGUGAUGGGAAAAUGGAUGGCCUGGAGCUAGUUGACAGAGAAACAGAUGGCAUCGAGCUUGUGGAAGGAGAAAUCGAUUGCCUGGAGCUGAUGGAUGGUGAAAUAGAUGGCACUGCACUGAUAGAUGGCGAAAUGGAUGGCACAGAGCUGAUAGAUGGAGAAUUCGAUGGUCUUGAACUCCUGGAUGGCGAAGAGGAUGGAAUUGAGCUCAGCGACGGAAGACUUGAUGGCACCACGCUGAGAGAGGGAGAAAGUGAUGGCCCUAAGCUAAAGGAAGGAGAAAAGGACGGCUUUGAACUAACAGACGGAGAGUUUGAUGGAGAGGAAGUGCUCGAAGGAGAUGAAGAUGGCCAUGAACUGAUCGACGGUGACAAAGAUGGACUUGAACUCAUGGAUGGAAACGUAGAUGGCCUUGAGCUGAAAGAGGGAUGGCUGCUGGGCAUUGAACUAAGAGAUGGCCCGAUUGUUGGCGAUCCUGGAGUAACCGUUGGUACUGAUGCAGUGGGACUCACACUGGUUGGAGCCGAGGAUGGGCUGCCAGGAGUAACAGUGGGCGAUCCAACAGUGGGAUUCGCUGCAGUUGGGCUGACACUGGGCGAGCCAGGAAUCACAGUGGGUACAAAACCAACAGGACUAGUAGUGGUAGGUGCCAGGGAUGGGCUUCCAGGAGUGACAGUAGGCAAUCCAGUAGUGGGGUUGGCUGCAGUUGGACUGACACUGGGGGAGCCAGGAGUCACGGUGGGUACAGAACCAACAGGACUAGCAGUGGUAGGUGCCAGGGAUGGGCUUCCAGGAGUCACAGUGGGCAACCCCACAGUCGGGUUGGCUGCAGUUGGAUUGACACUGGGGGAGCCAGGAGUAACUGUUGGCAUGGAACCUGCAGGACUGGCGGUUGUAGGAGCUAGGGAUGGGCUUCCAGGAGUAACCGUUGGAGUCCCGUUCGAUGGAUUUCCUGCGGAUGGUGCCACACUGGGAGAUCCUGGAGUUACAGUUGGUACAGAACCCACAGGACUAGUAGUGGUAGGUGCCAGGGAUGGGCUUCCAGGAGUAACUGUUGGAGUCCCGGUCAAUGGAUUUCCUGCAGUUGGGCGGACACUGGGUGAGCCAGGAGUUACAGUGGGUACAGAACCAACAGGACUAGUAGUGGUAGGUGCCAGGGAUGGGCUUCCAGGAGUAACCGUUAUAGUCCCGGUCGAUGGAUUUCCUGCGGUUGGGGUGACACUGGGAGAUCCUGGAGUUACAGUUGGUACUUUUGCUGCGGGCCUAGUAGUGGUAGGUACCAAGGAUGGGCCACCAUGA